AUGGAAAAUAGAAUGCCACAACCAAUGGAGGGGUUACACGUGGCAGGGCCCACACCAUUUAUGAGCAAAACAUAUGAAAUUGUGGAUGAUCCAAACACAGAUGAGAUUGUUUCUUGGAGUAGAGGUAACAAUAGUUUUAUUAUUUGGGAUCCUCACUCUUUUACACUCAAUCUUCUUCCCAGGUACUUCAAACACAACAAUUUCUCAAGCUUUGUCAGGCAGCUUAACACCUAUAAUGAAAAUUUUGUGCAGGGGUUUAGGAAAGUUGAUCCAAACAAAUGGGAGUUUGCUAAUGAAGGGUUUCUAAGGGGACAAAGGCAUCUCUUGAAAAACAUCAAGAGGAGGAAAAAUACAACAUCGUCUAAUUUUCAGACAACAUUGGAAUCGUGCGUUGAAAUUGGACGGUUUGGAUUGGAUGGAGAAAUCGACCGUUUGAGGAGGGACAAAAGUGUCCUAAUGGCCGAACUAGUGAAACUCAGACAACAACAGCAAAUUGCCAAUUCGUAUCUCGAAGAAAUCGAGCAACGCCUAAGAGAAACGGAACUCAAACAACGGCAAACAAUGGGUUUCUUGAUAAAAGCGAUCAAGAAUCCCACUUUCUUGCAACAAAUAGUCCAUCACAAAGAGAAAAUUAAGGCUAAGAAGAGAAUUAAGAGAAUUGAUCAAGAAUUAGGGCAACAAUUAGGAGUCGGUAAUAAUAACGUUGGAAAUAUUAUUGGAGAUUUUGAGGAUGGAAAUGUGUCUGAUGUUAAGUUAGAGCCGGAGGAAUUCGAUGUGGAGUUUGAGAGAUUGGCAAUGAGCAUGCAAGAACCCUCGAUUAAUAAUUCGGAGGAGGAACGAUUAGUAGUAAACGAAGAUGAUUUCGACAAGCGAAUAAUUGACGAGACAUUGUUUGAUGGAGGGUUUUGGGGAGAUAUGAUAAAUCAUGAUGAAAUUGGGACAAUUAAUUUGUUUUGA